GAUAUGCUUGUUUGUAUCCCGCAGCCACUACCCUUUGACAAUAUAAUUGAACCGGACUAUUUCAGUGCUUUCAAAAAGGACGAAAUCGGUACAGUUCUGGGAGGGAUACAUAUUUAUCUGAUUCAUUAUGUAGGAAUGUAUAGAUGUGCCACGACAGAUCAGUUCUCCAACUAUUCAAACAUAAGUUCCAUGAAGCUAACGUUUGCUAGCUAGUGCUCAACACAUGUUAGUGUGGCUAUUGUAUAUUGAACGCCUAUUAAUCAAGGAGUAUGUUGCGUCUUGGACGGUUGACGUGAAUGAAGAUUCCAUCUGCAAGAAGUUGGUACAUUGUUGCCUUGAAUCACCUGUUUUCUUUGAAGAAUUUCAACUUGAUUAUAUUACCGAUAGUAAAUAGCGACCAAAGGAAUACAAAUAAUUGCCUAGAUUUGUCUAAUCAAAGAAUAAAGAUGAACGUCAUAGAGGUGGAGGAUCAUAUUUCAAUGAAAUAUGAAAUAAAGAGAAGACUUGGAAAAGGCGCAUAUGGGAUUGUAUGGAAGGCUGUGGAAAAACAGACAGGAGAAGUUGUGGCUGUAAAGAAAAUUUUUGAUGCCUUCAGGAAUAGAACUGAUGCCCAGCGGACAUUCAGAGAAAUAAUGUUUCUUCAGGAAUUUGGAGAUCAUGACAACAUCGUCAAAUUGCUGAAUGUCAUCCGAGCUCAAAAUGACAAAGAUAUUUACCUGGUCUUUGAAUACAUGGAUACUGACCUGCACGCUGUGAUAAAGAAAGGCAACCUGCUGAAAGAAAUCCAUAAACGCUAUGUCAUGUAUCAACUCCUCAAAGCCACCAAAUACCUGCACUCAGGCAAUGUCAUCCACAGAGACCAGAAACCCUCCAAUAUUCUGCUUGACACGGAUUGCUUUGUGAAGUUGUGUGACUUUGGUUUAGCAAGGUCCCUCUACCAGAUUCAGGAAGAUUCUGGGAACCCAGCCCUGACAGAGUAUGUGGCAACGCGUUGGUACAGAGCUCCUGAGAUCCUGCUGGGCUCGUCAAGAUACACAAAGGGAGUGGACAUGUGGAGUAUUGGAUGCAUCCUGGGAGAGAUGCUGCUGGGAAAGCCCCUUUUCCCUGGAACUUCCACUAUCAACCAGAUAGAGAGAAUAAUGAGUGCCAUUCCACACCCCAGCCCAGAAGAUAUCCUUUCAAUAAAAUCUGAGUAUGGUGCAUCUGUGAUUCAGAGAAUGCUACUCAGACCCUCGGUGUCUUUAGAGGAGCUUCUGCAGCCGUCUGUGCCCUCUGAUGCCUUAGACCUGGUGUGUCGACUGCUGGUGUUCAACCCAGAUAAAAGGCUGACUGCUGAACAAGCCCUACAGCACCCAUACGUCUCCAAGUUCCACAACCCAGCCAAGGAGCCAGCUCUAGACUAUGACGUGAUCCUGCCUGUAGAUGAUGAUGUUCAGUUGUCAGUGGUCCAGUACCGCAACAAACUCUAUGAGAUGAUUCUAGAGAAAAGGACCACAAGGAGAAUGCCACGGCAUGUCCAGCCAAAGCCCAGGAAGAAAGAUGAGUCUGCGUUGGGGUGUAAAAGCGGUGACCAUGGAAGGCAAUGGCCCAAUGAGAAGGACAAAGAACGUUCAGAACCAGUCCCCCUGGCUGAUGACUGUGGAGGGGACCGUGGGGUUAAAAAUCUUCAUUGUAAGACAGAGCACCAGGCUGUUCAUCCGGUUAUCAGCGUACAAGCCCCAGCACCUGUGUCCACCCAGCCGGCUCUGGAGAAAACUAGCCCCACAGCUAACGCCGUCAUGGGAAAGACCACAUAUAAUCCCAUCACACAUGUUGCCAAUGGUUUUGUUAGAAGUCCAGGUGGACCACCUCACUUUUUUAAUUCCAGUAGUUCGGCUGUCAACACAAAUCAAAUGAGCAGUGAAACUGUAACUGCGCCACGACCAGAAGGCUCUAACAGCAACAUUGUUUCCAUGGAGCAGAUUCUGCAGCGAGGUCGCUCAGCCCCUGCCAGUCGCACCCGGUCCUUCUCUCUGACCCUCUCCUCACCCCAGAACAACCCGCUGGUCCGCAGAGAUGAGCCCUCCGUGUCCUCUGUGAUAUGCGUCACCUCUGCACGCCUGAACCAGCGGUCCCAGUCUCAGACACAAGAUGCGCGGCCCCCACCACCCAGGUUCAGUAAGAAGGUUUUUCAGAGUAAUGCCAAUGUGGCGGCAGCUGGGGAUCCCCGGGCCAAACUGGGCAGCUACUCUCAGGCCUACGGCACUAUCAACAAGACAGAGCUGGACAAUCUCAUGAGGAGUCGACACCAACAUUAACCUUCACGCUACACUGGAAUGUAUGGGACACUGAAGGCAUUGGAAACUGACGUCAGAUGUAACAAAAGACAAGGGGACUGGGGACCUGGUAGUGAAAUGUUUGUGGAGCAGAAUAUGCUUGCAGUAAAGAAAGUUAAUUAGUUUAACCAUACAGAUUUAAAUAACCAUG